AUGCCUCUGUCAGGACGACUCCUCAACUGGGCCAUCACGGCCGUGGCGGGCUCUGGGUUCCUACUGUUCGGAUACGACCAAGGGGUGAUGUCUGGAUUGCUCACAGGCACAGCAUUCAUAAAACAAUUUCCCGAGAUCGACACCACUGAUACCGGCAACGGCAGCUCCUCUUUACAAGGCACUGUGGUCGCCAUCUACGAGAUUGGAUGUUUCUUCGGCAGUAUCUUCUGCCUCUUCGCAGGCGAACGACUGGGCCGCAGGAAAUGUAUAUGGCUUGGCUGUAUCGUCUUGAGCAUAGGCGCGGCGCUGCAAGCCUCUGCGUAUGGGAUCCCGCAGAUGAUUGUGGGACGAAUCGUGGCGGGGCUUGGGAACGGCAUCAACACGAGCACUAUACCUGUGUGGCAUUCUGAACUUAUGAAGGCCGAGAAGCGAGGGAAAGGACUUUCAAUCGAGUUAGCCAUCAACAUCUUCGGAGUCAUGACGGCAUACUGGGUCGAUUACGGGAUGAGCUUUGUGGACAAUGAAGCCCAGUUUCGAUUCCCACUCGCCUUACAGAUUCUAUUUGCAGUCGUAACUUUCACUGGUCUGCUUUUCUUGCCAGAGUCGCCGAGGUGGCUCAUCGCACACGACCGAUUCGAAGAAGCUAGAGACGUGCUCUCUCGAAUUCGAAUCAAGUCCGAUGCUGAAGACAGCGCAAGUGCUGAUCUGGCGCAAAUACACCAUGCCAUCGAGGAGGAACGAGCCGCUGCAGCCGGCAGCAACUUCCGAGCUCUGAUCAAGGACGGCGGGCAGCGGUUUCGCUAUCGCACACUGCUUGGUAUUGGUGGACAGUUCAUGCAGCAGCUGAGUGGCAUCAAUCUGAUCACGUACUACGCUCCUGUGAUCUUCCAGCAGUCUGUUGGCCUCUCACACUCCUUGUCACUGCUCCUGGCCGGGUUCAAUGGAGUGGCCUACUUCUUCUCCUCCCUACCACCAAUCUGGAUUCUGGAUCGACUUGGGCGCCGCAAGCUCAUGCUAUUCGCAUGUGCAGGACAAGCAUGCUGUAGAAGACUUCUCGCAAUUCCAUGGCUAUUACCUGCUGAGUACGCUCCUCUAGCGAUCAGAACGAAAGCCGCGAGUCUUGCCAGCGCAAGUAACUGGAUCUUCACUUUUCUGGUCGUGGAAAUCACUCCGGUCAGCAUCUCUUCGAUCGGGUACAAGACCUAUAUCUACUUCGCCAUUUUCAAUGCUUUGUUUCUGCCGCUGAUAUAUUUUUUCUAUCCCGAGACCAGAAAUUUGAGCCUUGAGCAGAUUGAUCGGCUCUUUACUGGACCCAAGGUUCUCAUGCAUAUACGAGAAGCCGGCAGUGUAGACGAGGUCGUACUUGGGAAGGCUGCGAUACAGCAGGAAGAUGUGAAGGAUGCUGCAGUUGACCGAGUCGAUCGCGUUUGA